AUGUCGACCUCACCCCUGCUCUGCCUGGGUUCUACUGCAAGAACAAAGGCCACCGGCCUCUGUACCUUUCCUUCCACAGGUGACGAAUGGGCGCAUGUCGGCGGGGUCAAGUGCGAGGACCGGUGUAAAGAGAUUGGCAAGGAGUGGCGCAAGCAAGAAGAGAAGAGGCAGAAGUCCCUGACGGCGGCGUUGAAGAAGAAGAAGGAACUGGUGGCCGAGGCCGGGAGAUUAACGAAGCAAAUCGAAGACCAGAUUGCCGACCUUGAAGCGGAAGCCGGGGCGCAGGAGAUCAAGAUCCGGGACCUGGAAGCCCAGCUCGAGAAAAUUCAGAAGGAGGAGCGUGGUAAGGCUCUGAAAAAGAAGGGCAAGGUCAGCCAGCUCGCGGGGCAGGCGAAGAACCGUGUUGAGGAGCUUCGAAACGCCCUGGUGGACGUUCGCAAGCAGAGAGACGAGAGCCGUGCUCGAGUGAAAGAGCUUGAAGAGAUCCUGUCCAAGUUUAAGGUUGAGUACAAUCCCAACUUCAACGACGAGGGUGUCAAGCGCGCCGUGCGCAGCUGGGAGGAGUAUGCUGCCAGGGGAACCGCCGGGGAUUACAGCGGUGAUGCAGCCCGGGAACGGGAUCUGGAUGAGAUCUCCAAACCGGACAGCGAGACCUCUGGUAUCAACUGGGAACAGUGGGAGAACGAGGAUGAUGGAGAGGGCGAAGCCGAUUUGGUUUCCAAACUUCUCUCCUACCUCCCGUCAUCCUUGGCCGAACGUAUCCAAGGAAAGCUGCAUCCCGAGAGCGGCGCAGAAUCCGAGUCAAAGGCCGUGACCGACGCUCGUAACGCGCUGAACUCGGAAAAAUCCACGCUCACGGGCACCCGCAACUCGAUCAACAACCACAAGGCCGAUCUGGAAAAGGACUACGGCCCGGACGGCGUCUUCCGCCCUCUGAAGGGCGUCUGCAUCUCGCGGGACUCGGGCGAGUACACGUACGAGCACUGCUUCCUGGAGAAGACGAAGCAGAUCCCCAAGAAGGGCGGGGCGACGGUAACGAUGGGCAACUUUGUGCGCAUCGGCACGACUUCUGUCGACGAGGUCGACAGCUUCUCGGGCGAGAUCCGGCAGGUGGAGAAGACGGCCCUCGAGUACGCCAACGGCCAGACGUGCUGGAACGGGCCGGCGCGGUCGACGACCGUCAUCCUGGAGUGCGCCGAGGAGAACGAGAUCCUCAAGGUGACCGAGGACGAGAAGUGCGUGUACUCGAUGAUCGUGACGACUCCGGCGGUGUGUCAGGAUGGAAAUAAUCAAAAUGGAACUGGCAAUGACGCAAAUACCACCAAAGAGCACAAGGAUGAACUUUGA